UUCUCCUCUCCUCUGCCUAACCUAACCUAACCUAAUUAACCUAACCCCCUUUUGGGGUUUGGUCUGGUCUGGUCUGGUUUUCCCUUUGACAUUUCUGAGGCCGUUCUCUGUUUCUGAUUGGUGGAAGGUUCCAAAGCAUCUUAUCUGUUUGUGUAGAUGGUGAUAAAUGAUAUGAUCCUCUUUGUAUUCUUCCACAGCUUUCUUGAACUGCAUCUAGCAUAAGAGAUCUGAUCUUUGCAUUUGAGGCAGAGGUUGCUCUAGAUUUUGGUUUGUGGUUCAAUAAAGCUGUGGGAAGAUACAAACAGGUUCAAAAAAACAAAAGCUUCAAGCAAAAUCCAGCAUAUAUCAGAAGACGAUCUCUUCAGAUCAUGUAUAUGGUUUGGUAGAAUUCUGAUCUCUUUUUUGGUUAUGUGUGAUGUCUUCAAGUUUUCGUGUAACUCGGUAUAAUUUUUGUCAUCAUAUAAUUGGUUUUGUUCGUGAUUUAUUGUGAAAAAAAUCUGGUGUUUUUGAAGGUGGUGAUUUUUGGGGAAUGACGGUUUUGGGUAACCUAUAAACCCUAAUUCUGCAUCUGGUGUCUCAUAGAUUCGUGUCAACUAUGAUAACGCAGAGAUCUGAUUUUUCUGUUGAUAUUUGUGUCCUUGAAUCGUUAACAAAAUUGAACAAUGACUUUACCCUUUUGUGUUUUGUCUCUGAUUUUCUCUCGGUGCUGAUAAUGCAUGUUGAGAUAACAUUCUAGAUAAGUAGUGCUCUCUGAUUCAAUUGUACUUUAAAUCCAUGAACAGUACUUAACGAUGUAUGUUUAACUUUUAUAUAGUAUAUUUUACAUGACAGAUUAGAUUCUUCUCCUCUGAAAGUUGUUUAAGGUCUUCUUUUGAACUGUUUAGGCCUACUUUACAGUUUGCACAUGUGAUCUUCCCCUUAAUAAUUAGGGAUUAAAGGUUAACUAAGAUCGGUUUCACUUGGUCUUGUUAAUUCGUGGAUCAUCCUAUACAUGCGUAGCUAGCCAUUGCAAUCAUCGAUCUGUGAUCUUGCUGCACUAGUGUCGGUUGAUAAAAAGUGACCCAUUGUUCAGAUACUAGUUCAGAUUCCAUUGGUGUCACCAUCGAUCAAUCCUCAUUACCAACCUCAUGACUUUGAAUAUUUCUCGUCUGCUUUCAAGCUUUCAUCUACAUAAUAAAUCUGAGCAAUAUUAAGCCACCUGUUAACAAUCUAUGAUACAUCUAGUUCUUAAUUUCAUUUGGGUGGUUCCUUUUCCCUGUCAAGCCAAGUACCAAGGGCUACAGCCUCAGCAGAACUAACUAGAUGGUAUAAUUUCUGGUUACUAUAGAAUGUUGCAUGGACCACAGAGUUUUUGAUGAUUGUCUAUUCCUUGUUAGUAUAGCAAUCUAUACAAGAAGCAUUGAAUUUCUUAAUAGUUAGGUGGAGAUGUUAUUGAUCGAGUUGCGCUAGCUCGAUUUUAGGGUUAUGUCCUUCACAACUAUGGCAAGGAAAUUCGAUUGGGGAAAAGGAUGUUGAUCCAUGUUCUUCAUUCAAAUUAGAACACGUGCCUUUCAGUCAAUAUCCAAUUUCUCUCAGCAUUUUUGGGACAACCAGAGCAUUUUACCAUGUGUGCAAGGGAUCAAAUUGAAUCUUGCAUGGUCCUGAGGAAGUGAGCCAGAUCGGCCAAGAAUAUUUAUAGCUUGGCAUAUAUCAAGAACUUGAUCGGCUGGAUUUACAGUUUGUGGUCUCACGGGGAUUUGAAUGCAUCCGACGAAUAGGGCCAAAAUCCUUUUUUGUCACUUGAAAUUAAAGACGUUGGUCACGUUGCACUUGCUUAUAUCAUAUAGGUCAUAUGAUAAUGAUGCUCCACCUUAACUACUUUUUAUGUAAUGCAGUGUUAAUGUCGUCCACUAAUCUAGCAUUUGCUGUAAACCGUUUUAAAUUCUCGGUUUUCCUUUUGGAUGUUCUUGUUGAUAAUGUGGUUAGUGACCACUAAUCUAGCAUUUGCUGUAAACCGUUUUAAAUUCUCGGUUUUCCUUUUGGAUGUUCUUGUUGAUAAUGUGGUUAGUGAUUCAUUGCUUUUAGUGGCCUUUAUCUUUAUAUGUCAUGAUCAUGCGAAUCAUCAUCAUCACGAGACCUUAAUGUAGUAACUGUGAUGGUCAAGAAAAUUUCCAAUCCUCGGCACAUUCAUUAUAUAUAUAUAUAUAUAUAUAUAUAUAUAUAUAAAUUCUAUCCAGAGCAAGACCUCGCUCUGAAAUUUCAGAGCGAGAUUAGGGUUGAGGGUCACUUUUAGGUCACAUAUUCAUAUCUCCACCGUUCAGUUUGUAGGUACUAAUGUAUAGAUCAUAUCUACAAAAUUUCAGCCAAAUUGAUGGUCGUUAAGGCAUUGAUAACUGCCUUAAAGCUAGUACGGUUCAGGUUGGACAGAUUCAGUCCAUUGAUUUAAGCGAGUUAGAGAAAGACUAUCAAUUUGGCUGAAAUUUUGCAGAGAUGAUCUAUACAUUAGUAUCUAAAAACUGAAUGGUCGAGAUGUAGAUAUGAGACUGAAAAGUGACCCUAAACUCUAACCUCGCUCUGGAUAGAAUCUGUAUAUAUAUAUAUUACUUCAACUUCAAGACUUUGAAGUAGUGACGUUUUGAAUUUACACAUAUAUAUUGCAUUGCCUUGGUAUGUAGUAUAUGGAUCCAUGUUCCCAUUAGUUAUUACUAGGUCCUGGAAUUCUCAAACAGGAUAUGUGCUCAUCCACUUUUGGCUCCUUAUCUUCGGCAGUGAAAUUCAAUGGUGAAAUGGUUUCCCAAAGCAAUCCCCAAAUAGUUUUGAAGUUAUUGAUCGAAUGAAAAGUACCGUAUAUAUAUAUCUAGGACCAAUUAAGAUAGAACAUGAAAGUAUAUUCAUUUAAUUUCAACCAUUGUUAUUAGAUACUAACAUGAGUGACCAUGAUUUAUAGAUCAACGGGUGACUAACAGAACGCUCCUACCCAAUUAGCACCUAAGAUCACUAUGUUACUUGGAACAUCCUUCUAAACAUGAAUGUUUCACAUUACCUUCCCGGAUUUCUUAUGAAAAUCCCUCUUCCUAUUGUUCCUGAGCGUGAUGUUCUCAUUUGGGAAGACUCGAGUUCUGAUGAUCAGCUGCGUAGGCGAGGUGUCCCAGUAGUUUCAAUUUGUCAGCUAUGUACUUUUGGUCAUGAGGAAACGCUGACCCAUCUCUUUGUCACCUGUGCCUUUUCUCAACACAUCUGGCAAUGGCUUGCUUGCUGUUUUGGUACUUCCCUCCCAUCUUCAGGGUUUACGAUUGUCAUAUUGGUUUUGUCAUCAAGGAGGAGAAGGAAGGUGAUUUUUGGAAUUGUGUUGAGGAAAGCAGAAGAGCUGCAGCUUGAGAAAAGAGUGAACAAGGUCGAGCAGUAUUACUUGAGGAAAGGUAGUCUGCAACCAACCACUUCGACGGAGAAAGACAGGGAUACACACUUAAAUACAAUUACGAAGCAGCAACAAGAUGCAUCACGUAGGGAAACCGCUGCUGCAAAGAAGAUGCGAGAUCUGUUGAAUAUGUUUUUCCACAAUCUUCAAAGAGGGCAAAAACAAUACUUAAUAAGUCAGUAACUGGGAGAGUAGCUGCGGAGGCCUGAGUGCUCAUUAGGGGGAGAAAACGGUGAGGAAGUCAUCAUACAUCCACCCGAGGAGAGAGAGCCACUUCAUCUAAUAACACAUCAUCUCCCUAUUGCAGUAACUUUUGCAUUCUUCAGUUAUGAGAGCAGUGUGGUUAUAGAUCCAACCCACCAUGAAGAGGCUGUUAUAGGUGAACGAAUGACCGCUACACUUAAUUCUAAUGGUGAUGUUUGUGCCAUUCAGAAGGCUGGAAGGGAGCUUAUAUGUUGGUGGAGAUAUCACUAGAAAAAUGUACUUCAUGUGUUCUAAACCAUCUACAAUCAGAAUAUUGUACUUCUUUCUCUAUCCUUUCAAUUUCAAUUCUCAAAUUAGGAUCAAAAUAUCCAAAACUUUCAAAACUCGCAGCAACGUGCGUGCACAAAUUCUAGUAUAUACUAAUUCCAGUCACAUAUUUGUUUCUUUUUU